UUUUUUUUUUCUCCUUAUAUUUUAUUUUAUGACUACGACUACAAAGAUACCGACUGCAUUGACCAUUGCUGGCAGUGAUAGUGGAGGAGGUGCUGGUAUUCAAGCAGAUAUUAAAACCAUGUCAGCACUUCAAGUAUAUUCAACAUCAGUAUUAACGUCUAUUACUUCACAAAAUACUUUGGGUGUGGAUGGGAUUCAUCAAUUACCACCAGAGUUUGUACAACAACAACUUCGAGCUGUUCUUAGUGAUAUUGGUGCGAAUGCAAUCAAGACAGGCAUGCUUUCUUCUUCAAGUAUUAUCUCGGCUGUAGUGGCAACAUUAAAGGAAUUCCCUGAAGAUUCUCGUUAUUUAGUGGUUGAUCCUGUUAUGGUCUCAACAAGUGGAUCUCGUUUACUUCCUCAAGACGCUGUUCAAGCAUGUAUUCAAGAAUUAUUACCUAUUACUUAUAUUUUGACUCCCAAUGUCCCUGAAGCUCAGGUAUUAUUAUCAAGCUCAACCGAUCAACAACAAGAAAAUCUUACUAUUCAAUCCGUGGAUGAUAUGCAUACUGCUGCCAAGAAACUUGCUAGUUAUGGUCCUCGAUUUGUACUUCUGAAAGGUGGUCAUUUACCUCAAAUUCGACAUGGGUCUAGAUGUGUCGUCGAUGUACUUUAUGAUAAAUCUACAGAUCGUAUUACUGAAUUGGUCAAUCAUUAUAUUGAUACGCCAAAUACUCAUGGAACCGGUUGUACUCUAUCUGCUGCCAUUGCAUCAGAACUUGCCAAAGGAAUAGAACCAUAUGAAGCUAUCAAAAAAGCUACCACUUAUAUUCAAGAUGCUAUUGCAACAUCAAUGGAAAGUGUAGGUAAAGGAUCGGGUCCUGUCAAUCAUUUUCACAAUCUUCGAUGGAUGCCAUAUACUGGGAAAAGUUUUGUACAAGCUUUACGUGAUGCUCUUCCAGAAGGUCUUUGGAGUGAAUUUAUUGAUCAUCCUUUUGUACGUGGAAUGGCUGAUGGUACAUUACCCAGGGAAGCAUUCAUUCAUUAUAUCAAACAAGAUUAUCUCUAUUUGGUGAAUUAUGCUCGAAGUGCAGCAUUGGCUGCUUAUAAAUCCAAAGACAUUGAUAUGUGCGCCGCCAAUGCGAAGAUUGUACUUCAUAUUCAUCAUGAAAUGCAAUUACACUUGGAAUAUUGUGAACAAUGGGGAAUCAGUAAAGAAGAAGUGUUGUCCACUCCUGAAAGUGUUUAUAACAUUGCUUAUACUCGAUUCGUUUUGGAUAAAGGCGCUAGUGGUGAUCAAAUGGACCUUCAAGUGGCUAUGGCACCCUGUUUACUUGGUUAUGGUGAUAUUGGUAUGAAAUUAUUCAAUGAUCCCAACACAAAACGUGAAGGAAACCCAUAUUGGAAAUGGAUCUCUAACUAUGCACAGGAUGAUUAUCAAACUGCUGUGAAAGUUGGCAAAGAACUCAUGGAGGAAUUGGCUAUUCACUGUGUAUCAACAUCCCCCACUAGAUUUAGAGAAGUGUGUGAUAUCUUUGAACAGGCUACUAGAUUAGAAAUUCAAUUUUGGGAAAUGGGUCUCAAUCAAAACUAGAAAUAAACUGUUUUAUUAUAUUACCAAUA